AUGUCAUUCGGAUAUUUUCAGGCGUUGCUUAUACUUUCUUUCUCAAUUCUGGGAUAUGUCUGUACUGUGUACGAAUUUCGAUUACACACCUUUAAGCAACUGAAAGCAGAUACAGAGACACUGGUCGAGUUCAAUUUGCGACUCCUGGGUCGCCAGCGGGCGCUAAAUGGAACUAUUAAAUGCAACGCGGACAUAGGUGAUGAGUUUGUGUGGAAGAUUAGGAUCGAGCAACAUAUAAAUGGGGAUUGGAAGCCCAUUCCCAUUAAGAUGGAAGCUACAACCUGCCCGUUUCUUGAGCUUUUUUAUGGUAAAUACUGGGAUAUCCCGCCUUCGAGCACCAACCUGCCCAUGGGCAAGGAUGGCUGUCCGAUCAGAAAGGGUGAAUAUUAUUUAAAGAAUAUGUCCCUGCACUUGGAUAAUUGGAUGCAAUUUGGGAAAGAAGGCUUAAACAGAUGCAAGCUCACUAUAUCGAAAAAUGACAUAGUGCACGGUGGCUUUAUCGGUGUUGCAGUCCUUACAGAAAUUUGA